AAUGUCUUGGUGUGUUGCUGGUGUUGCCUUGGUGUGGAGGUGGCGGUGGUGUUGUUUUGGUAUGGUGGUGGUUUUGGUGGUGUUUUGAACAUAUAAGUAUGGGUUGGUCAUGGCCGUUUAAAAUUUUUUUUUUCUACUACGGUGUUUGGGCAUAGAGGGGGUAUUGAAACUUUAGGAGGUGUCAGUGUAAUUUAUUUAAAAAUAAAAAUAAAAAUAAAAAUAAAAAAAUAAAAAAAAUUCCUUCUUGGAAUCUCCUACCUGGAAACACCGUCUGAACUCACAGUAUAAGAUACUGAAUUUGACUUGUUGGUCAUCAUCCAAAAUAAGUAUCGACUUUUUAUCUGUUUGCUGGCCAGUGGCAACUCGAGUUUUGUAAAAGGAUAGGGAAAAUUCAGGCGCAGGAUUUGAAGAUUGAAGUCUAGGGUUCUAGAGUACCGGUCAACUUAGGUUGUGCUACCGCUAAGAAGAUGUUCUUGCUAAGCAAGUUCGGCUGUUGUGAUGAUGAGAUGCAAACUCUCAUAAGCAAAAUUAAAUUAUUGAGCAGCCGACAGACUGAUGUAAUUGCAAUGCUGCAAGAUGCAGAGUUUCGGACGAGAAAGAAACGAAAGAGAGAGGUUGAGAAUUGGUUGGAUGAAGUGCAAAAGAAGAUGAAUGAAUUUAAAAGUCUGGAACAAGAUGUACAACGAACCAAUUCUAUUUUUCAAAAUCCACCUUUGAAAAAACGUGCUGAGAAAAUGAUAAAUGAAGUGACAGAACUUGUUGAGCAAGGUAGAUUCCCCGAGGGACUGGUACUCAAUGUGCAUGACACCAAGGUCGCGCCAUUAUUGACAGAAAAUUUAGUGGGACAACAAUUUGAACAAAUUUUGAAAAACGUUAUGAAUUGCUUAACGAGAGAUGAUAUCAAGCGCAUUGGAAUUUAUGGAAUGGGGGGAUCGGGGAAAACAACCUUGGCAACACAUGUUCAUAAUUUACUUCUACAAAAUUCUGGCCGUGUUCACUGGCUCACUGUAUCUCAAGAUUGGAGCAUUGAUAAAUUGCAGAAUGACAUUGCCAAUAUAUUGGGGUUGGAUCAUCUCUCAAGGGAGAAUGAAAGGAAGAGAAGGGCAGCCAAAAUCUCAGAAGCAAUAUUGAAAAUAAAGAAUAAAUUUGUACUCAUUUGGGAUGAUGUGUGGGAAAAGUUUAGUCUACAAGAUGUGGGAAUUCCUGAAAGUAUGGAUGGAUGCAAGUUGAUUUUUACUACUCGCUUGCAGGACGUGUGCCAUAAGAUGGGAUGCCAAGAAAAAAUUGAAGUAAGACCUCUUUCUGACUAUGAAGCGUGGGAAUUAUUUGUGGCGAAACUUGUGCCAGAGGGGAUUGAAGUUCCAUGGCAAAAAAAUCCACAAAUAAAAGAAAUUGCAAUGUCCAUGGCAGAAAAAUGUGGUGGUCUGCCACUUGGGAUAAUAACAAUGGGUGGAAGCAUGAGGGGGGUGGAUGAUACCCGGGAAUGGAGGAAUGCAUUGGAAGAACUGGAAGUAUCCAUGAUGAGGCAGAAAGACAUGGGAGCAGAGGUGUUCCCUAUAUUGAGAUUUAGCUAUAGUCGCUUAAGGGAUGAAUUGCAGUGUUGUUUCUUGUAUUGCGUGCUCUACCAUGAAGAUUGUAAAAUUGAAAGAGAGGGAUUGAUAGAAAAAUUCAUUGCAAAUGGACUAAUAGAUAAAAGAAAGACGAGGCGAUCACAGUUUGACAAAGGUCACACUAUGUUAAGUGAACUUGAGAACGCCUGCUUGCUUGAAAAUUGUAGGGAUGGCUAUGGUAGGAGAUGCGUAAAGAUGCAUGAUUUGAUGAGAGAGAUGGCACUGGAGAUUGCAAGAUGUCGAUGCAUGGUAAAAGUUGCUGUGUAUUUGGAGGAAAUGCCAGAUGAGAAGGAAUGGAAGGAAGAUCUGGAGAGUAUUUCCUUGAUGCAUAAUUCCAUAAAAGAAAUUCCAACAGGCAUGUCACCAAGGUGUCCUGAAUUAUCAACCUUGUUAUUGAAUAACAACAGUGGUCUAAAACAGAUUCCAUAUAGUUUUUUCACACAAAUGAGUGCCCUUCGUGUUCUCGAUUUAUCCUAUACUGGAAUUGUGGAUUUGCCUAGUAAUGUAUCGGACUUGGAGAAUCUCACUGCAUUGUUUCUUACGGGGUGCAAAGAACUCAGAUAUGUGCCUCCUUUGGGAAAACUUGGGGCAUUACAGUUGUUGGACCUCACUGGUACUUGUAUUGAAGAAGUACCGCAAGGUAUGGACAUGGAAGUCAUAAAAUCAAGUCUGAAGGUGUUGCCUCGUGGGAUGUUAGCCGAACUCUCAAGCCUCCAAGUUCUUCGAACUGGUCUUCAAAUUAAGGUACGAGGAGUGGAAUUGGAGAGGUUGGGGCGGUUGGAAGAAUUUGAAGGGCGGCUGUGCAGUAUGUCUGAUUUUAAUGGAUUUGUUAAAUCCAAUGUGUGUAGGCAGUUGAACAUCUGCCGUCUUCACGUAGGCAAUUUUGAAGGUUAUAAAGAUGAACCAUGUAAAUAUGGUAUAGUAGUGAAGUUUAGAAAUUGCAGUCUGAAGAAUGAAGGAGAAGGUGGGCUUUUGGAGCUGCCACACAACAUUCAAUACCUGGAAAUUGAUGGAUGCCACCAUAUCAGUAGCUCAUGUGAUGUUCCUCCCUCAUUGAUCAAGAAUGCAAAAGACUUGAAAGAAUGUGGAAUCUAUGACAGUGAUGGGAUAGAGUGCAUACUGUCACAAGUUGAAGAAGAGUUUCCAAGUUGCGGUCCACUCCUUCAAAGCCUUGAGAUAUUGAGACUUUAUCACUUGCCGAAAUUAAGUGGGCUGAUUAAGUACAGUAGUAGGGGAGGAGUAACUGCAACUCCUCCACCUGGCACCCUUUCCAAUCUUAAAGUGCUGAGAAUUGAAAGUUGUGGCAAAAUGAAGAAGCUGUUUACGCCUAGGUUACUGCAGCACCUCUUAAACCUUGAAACUAUUGAUGUCUCUUGCUGUUAUGGAAUGGAGGAGAUUAUAGGAGAUGAUGAAGACGAACUAAUGGGUGCAAGCAACAACCAUCUUUCUUCUUCUUUUUCUUCCAUUUUCUCCCUUCCAAAGUUAAGGCAUUUGAGGCUGUUUUUUCUCGGAGAAUUGGAAAGCAUCUGCAGGGGGUUUAUGGCUUGUGAUUCGCUUGAAGUUAUUUCAAUAAUGGAUUGUGGAAAGCUGAAGAGGCUCCCUUUCUCUCUGCCCCUUGUUAAUGGCCAACCUUCUCCUCUCAUCUCUCUUAAAAACAUCAAUAUAACUGGAAGACAAGAAGGAUGGUGGGAAUCACUGGAGUGGGACCACCCCAAUGCUAAGGAUAUUCUUCAACCAUUCAUUAGUUAUUCUUGGUAGCGGCUCCAUGCACGGGGAUUCCAGAGGAUAGGAAGGUGGCACUCAUCGCGUACAAAUUGAAGGGAAGAGCUUCUAAUUGGUGGGAACAAUUGCAGGUUACUCGUGUACGACAAAGAAAAAGCACCGAUACGAUCUUGGUUGAAGAUGAAACGUCUUUUGAAAACCAAGUUUCUUCCACUAGAUUGCAUUCGAAGCCUCGACCUCCUCCAAUGGACAAGUUUACACGAGAGAAAAAUUGUGUCCAAGAAAGGGAAUCUAAAAAAAAUUGUUUCGAAGAGAAGAAAGAAAUAGAUAACAAGAAUGAAGAUCAAAGUAAUUUUGUUCAAGUAACAAGUGAUGUUAUAGAGGUCGAUCAAAAGAAAAAUUGUGUUGCUCCACUUCUUAUUGUUACAGAUUAUACAAUUAAGGGACUUAAUACGGUGGAAGAAGAUGACACUGAAAAACAAUUAGUUGUUGAAAGUGAGCAAUAUGGAUCGGUUCAAGAUCCGCUUGAUGAAGUUUUCAAAUUAAACAACGUUGAGGAGGAUGUGGAAGAGUUGAUUGGUGAGUUAAUUGGUGAUGUAGCAAGUCUAGAGUCUACCAUUUGUGAAACAAGAGUUACGCGGGAUUCGGAAACAGUUGAUUUUAAUUGUGAUUAACUCCUUUAAUGACCUAGAUCUAAUUAUUAGGUCAACUUGCUCAAUUUAUGAUUGGUUAAAUUAUAUAAUCAAUUUAAACAUCCACAAUCACAAAUAUAUGAAAAGUGAAGUAAGUUAGAGUUAGAGAGAUUGCACCAGGAUUUUAGCGAGGAAACCCCAGUUGGUAAAAUACGUCAACUGUUAUGAGAAAAACCUCGUGGACUACUCAGUCCAAAGUAAACCAAUCCACUAUGCUUGAAACAAAGUAUACCGAACUUUGACUCUGGCUCACACCCUAUCGUUCUACACCAUACCAACCGCUGACGAUCCUCUGGCUUUGCGACUCCUCGUCCAACAGCAACUUGAUCUCAAAUUGACACUUGAUAUUUGUAGAAGAGUAACAGGUAGAUCAGACAACACUCCACGAAUGCUCUAACCCUUUCAAAGUGUGAUUGCGUUUACUUUUCUUCUUCAAGAUCUGAACUCGAUGUAGAAGAAUUAAAUCCUACUUUUCAUCUGGAAUAUCUGAAUCUUCAGUAUAGCUCCAAUUUUGAUGAGAUAGAGAACAACACCAUUAAAUCACUCAUGAAUAUACGUGUAUGCUCUCAUAAAUAAAUUCAAAAUAAUCAGAUUUGAUUUUCUGAAUUUUCUCUCUCUAGAAGGCUUUCUCAAAAUAUAGAAUUGAUUUUCCCUAAACCAUCAUAAACCAAUGUAUAUGACAUGGUUUAUAUAGAGUUUUGAAAGCCCUAAUCCCUUAGAAAAUAUGAUAAAUUUCAUGCAUAGAACUUAGAAGGAAGUUGGGAUAAAAAAGGAAACAUUCAAAAGAAGGAAAUUGAAGUUAGAAUAGUACCAGGACGUCUUGAACCUGUUCGAUUAAUCUUGAACCGGUUCAAGAUGGAUAGACUCUAAAAUCGCCACUCUGUUGAAAUUGAACCUAUUCAAUAAAUUUUGAACCAGUUCAAGUUGAACCUGUUCGAUAAAUUUUGAACCAGUUCAAGUUGAAACUGUUCGAUAAAUCUUGAACUAAUUCAAGAUUGACAGAAUGUAAAAUCUUGUUCAAAACCUUUCAAAACCCUUCCUAAAUGUUCUCACUACCUCUCAAAACUUCUUCUAACAUUGUUCUCAUCAUCUCGGAGUGUAGUAUAUUUUGAACACUUAAUCUUCUUCAAAUCCACAUCCGAUCUUCCAUAUUUGAAAUUUGUAAUCGAAAAAUUACAACUCAAUCGGACUUGUUUUGGCAACGAAAUUAGCCAAUUACAAAAAUAUAUCUCACACCAUUCUCACGGAUAAAACAAAGAAUUUUUAAUUAGGUGACCCUUAUGACUUUACUGGUGUCAUCGUAGUGGGGCCCUCUAUUGGCAAUUUAAGCUUCACUCCGAUUUCUUCUUUAACGAAUCUGUCAUUAUCCAUGGGUUGCAAUGAAAACUUGAUUGCAAGCAAUUGGCCAAUUGAUUAUCAGGAUGGUUACCCGCUGCCAUGCAAUAAUCUUAAGCCUUUAACUUUGGUUCCUUUGCCGAAGAAAGUGGCCAUUCAGGUUCAUAGUAGGAGUGAUCUCUUGUGCAAUUCAAUGACUACUGGUGAGGCAAAUCGGGGACAGACCAUGGUAUUUUUAAAGCGUGAAUUUUUCCGUAUCAUGAUUGAAGACGUUUUUGCAGCUUUAAGGUCAAGUUAUUGGUAUCAAAUUUUAUUCAUAUUAAUACAUGACGAGUCGCAGCGUAACUUGAGGAUGAAUUUUCUUCGAAGCGGUGGGGACUGAUGUAGGACAAUUUUAUGUACUUAGUAAUUUUUAUUAUUUAAAUUCCUUAUUUAUUUUAUUUUUAUAUUUUUUAUAGGAAGUGUAGUUUAAUUAAAUUUGUUUGAGGAAUUGUUUUCCUUUUAUUAUUAAGUUUCUUUAUGUUUUAGUUUUCUUCUAAAGUUAGGUUUCUAUUAUUAUAAAUAAGUGUAAUGCAGAAUGCAGAAUUAACUUUAAUUCAUUCAAUUAUUAAAUAAUAUAUCAGAUUUUUUUUAAAUUUUCUUUUUGUUUUGUUUUUGUUUUGUGGAUUCAAAAUACCCACCUUAUGAAUUUAAGAUAAUUUGUUCCUCGUGAACAAAUUUAUGCUUUCGCUUACGUCACUUCUUCUAACAUCUUAUUGUCUAA